AUAAAAAAAAGGCUACAAGACAGUCACCAAAGUGACAGAUGGAGAAAGCAAAGCUAGAAGCUGAGACUUGAGAGAGAGAGAGAGAGAGAAAGAGAAAGGGAACAGGAACAAAGUAAAGAAAAGAAAAACAAAGACAAGCCUUUGAAGCAAAUAAAAGCUUUCUGCUCUUUCUCUCUGUUUUAUAGCCCAUCUCUACAAAGAAAACCCAACAAACUAUUAGAUUUUUCGACAAGCAGAGACUCAUGGCUUUGUUGUUGUUCUUCAACUUUCUUCUUCUACUCUCAGGUCUUAGAUUCUCCCUGGCAUUGCAAGAAACCCCGUCAACGACUACUCACUCGGGUCAGAUCAAUUCCAACUCCGUCCUGGUGGCCUUGCUGGACUCACAUUACACGGAGCUUGCGGAAUUAGUGGAGAAAGCUUUGCUGUUGCAGACCCUGGAAGAAACUGUUGGGAAACACAAUAUUACCAUUUUUGCUCCUAAAAAUGAAGCUCUCGAGCGGGAUCUUGACCCUGAAUUCAAGCGGUUUUUACUGGAACCUGGCAAUCUCAAGUCCCUCCAAACUCUCUUGCUUUACCACAUUGUGCCCUCCAGGAUAGAACCGCACUCCUGGCCCAAAUCAACAUCCGACUCGACCCGCCACCGUACAUUAUCCAAUGACCGAGUCGAGCUCUCAAGUGAAGACUCCUCCGGGGCCAAAUUCAUUGGCACAGCCAAGGUCAUUAACCCCAACGCUGUGGACCGCCCAGAUGGUGUCAUCCACGGCAUCGAACAGCUAUUAAUCCCUCGAUCCGUACAACAAGAUUUCAACAACCGUAGAAGUCUCCGUUCAAUCUCCGCCGUUAAACCAGAAGGAGCUCCCGAAGUUGACCCCAGAACCCACCGUUUGAAAAAACCCGCCCCGCCGGUGUUGCCCGGUGCUCCACCAGUCCUCCCAAUUUACGACGCCAUGGCUCCAGGCCCAUCACUAGCUCCGGCACCAGCUCCAGGACCAGGGGGACCCCACCAUCAUUUCAACGGGAUGAGGCAAGUUAAAGAUUUCAUACAAACUUUGCUACAAUACGGAGGGUACAAUGAAAUGGCUGAUAUUUUAGUCAACUUAACAUCGUUAGCCACCGAAAUGGGACGCCUGGUUUCCGAAGGCUACGUUUUAACCGUUUUAGCACCCAACGACGAGGCCAUGGCUAAGUUAACCACGGACCAGCUAAGCGAGCCCGGUGCUCCGGAACAAAUCAUUUAUUACCAUGUGAUUCCUGAGUACCAGACCGAGGAAAGCAUGUACAAUGCGGUGAGGAGGUUCGGGAAAGUGUCCUACGACACAUUAAGGUUGCCCCAUAAAGUGUUGGCUCAGGAAGCUGAUGGGUCUGUUAAAUUCGGCCACGCCGAUGGAUCUGCAUAUUUGUUCGAUCCCGAUAUUUACACCGACGGGAGGAUCUCGGUGCAGGGGAUCGACGGGGUUCUUUUCCCCCCGGAAGAGAAAACCAAGGACGAAAAGAAAACUAUCAAAGUUGCUACAGCGAAACCCAGAAGAGGGAAGUUGCUUGAAGUUGCAUGCCGGAUGCUUGUGGCAAUUGGACAAGAUUCUCGUUUCAGCACAUGUCACCUAUGAACAGAACCAUGACUUCCCCAUAUCGUAAAGUAAACUUCAAAGAAGGAAAAGGUGAACCAGCAUAGUAUAAAGUCCUUGAAUGAGAUGUGAUGAGUUGCUCUCUACAAUAGGAUUUUAGUUUCUUUUAUUUUUAUUUUUUGUUCUUUUUUCCAGAUGGAUUCAUGCAGCCAAAGAUGGGGAGUUGGAAAUUAGCAACAUAAAAUAUUUUGGGUGUGAUGUCUUGGUGUUUCUUCCCCCUCUCAUGCAGAAAUUCCAUGAUCAAAAGGGGAGGAAAAUGGUCAGUCCCUGGUUGGUUGCAGAUUACCCUAAGUGUACAAGAUUUUUGUAUUUUUCAAUUGCGUGUGUAAUAUGGUUGGUGGUGGUGAGCUGGCAACUGUUGUUGGUGAGGAGGAGAGGAGAUUAUGGAAAGGGUGAGGGAUUAAUUUUGUGUGAUGUAGAUGUCAGAGAAGAGCCCACCGUGUGGGCAAUCCCACUCAAUAAAGAAGAAAAAGAUCUAUAUAUGGGGGAAUAAUAAAAUAAAUAUAUUCUUUUUUUUUA